GUGGUUAUAGCAAUUGAAGAAUAUAAUAUACCGAAAAAUUUUCAAACCCAAUUGGAAAAUGCGAUAGAUGUUGUGAAAAAAUUAUUAGAAAAAUUAGAACACCAAGAAGACAAAGAAUAUUUUCAAAAUUAUCUUCGAAACAUACCAGAAGUUUUAGAACGUCGAGAGGACAAAGAGUAUUUUCUAAAAUAUUUUAACAGAAUUGAUAAUCAAAUUGACCAUUUUAAAGAAUUUGAUGAAAAAGCCUUAAAAAUCAGUGAUUAUUUUAAUAAUAUGUUCCAUUCGACAUUUAAGAUGCUUUCUGGUUUAGCUAAUUUACAAACGAAAGUUUUUUCAUCAAUUGAAAGAUUGAAUAAUAUUGACUUAGAAAAUACUCAUCAAGAUGAAAUUUACUUAUCAUUCGAUAAAACUGAUAAAUAUUUAUUUGAAUGGAUUAAUUAUU